AUCAAUAAGAUCAGCUGAAAAUCUAGGAGAUCGCCUCCAUUUGAAUAAAUACGACCAAAAUGGCUUCCAUUCUGCAAUACGGCGAGCUUUACUUAUCGGGAGAAUAUUGGGGUUAUUGCCCUUGUGUGGACUCAAUAAUCCAGAUAGCCGUCACUUGAGAUUCAGCUUCGUCUCACCGUAUGCUCUAUUUUAUUUUGCCAGCCUAACCGGUCAAAUUUCAAUGUGCAUCAUGAGUCUAUAUUGGCUCAUAGAGAACAAAAUUACUUUGACUAAUGUCACUAACUCUUUGUUUUACACUUUAAGUCUGCUAUCAUUGGUAAUAUUGGCCAACAUUGGACGCACCUGGCCCAAUCUGGUGGCCAAGGUUGAAGAAAUAGAAAAAAAAUUACCUCCUCUAGAGAGAAACAUUCCACUUUUUUGCAAUGUCACUAUGAUAAUCAUACUCUUUUCAGCUCUAGUUGAGCAUUUUCUAUCCGCAUUAUAUGGGUACACAGUUGCGAAGUCCUGUCACUCCACCAACGUCGCCGAGACGUUCUUCCACUAUGACAAACCCUGGAUCUUCAAUUAUACGACUUAUAGCUUGUGGAAAGGAGUUUUGGCUGAAAUACUUAACAUCCAGGCUACAUUCACAUGGACCUACAAUGAUGUCCUUAUUAUGAUUAUCAGCAUUUAUCUUGCUGAGCAUUUUGUGAUACACAACCAACUGUUGAAGAAAGCAAUCAAACAGGAACAUUUCUCCUGCGACGAGUUCCGUACUCAGCAUUUACGGAUCAUCCGUCUUGUUAAACUCAUUAAUAACCAAGUCGGAAUUUAUAUAUUGACAUGCUUUGGCAGCAAUUUGUACUGGAUUUGCACUCAACUGUUUUACAGCUUGAAUAAAAGCCAUACGGGACAUUUCAUUUCAUGCGCCCCAAAUAAUACGGAAUUUACUGAGAAAAUGGUAGUCCACGGGAUAGAACAUAUAGUAUACUUCUCCUACUCAUUCUCUUUUCUCUUGGCUCGGACGCUUUUGGUUCUGAUGCUGGCCGCGAGGGUGCAUUCGACGUCAAUUGUACCACUUGGUCUACUGUACGAAAUACCUACUGAUAAGUUUACCGUAGAGAUAGAGAGAUAUAUAUCGCAAAUUAAAAACAUAAAAGUCGCAUUAACUGGCCUCGACUUCUUUUAUGUCACUCGUACUAUGAUAUUAACUCUUCUAAAAACAAUUGUAACAUACGAACUGGUUCUAUUACAAUUCGGAAAAUAAAGAAAUGCAUAA